GUAUGGGUGUGGACUGGAUGCUACUGGUAUAUAAAGGUGUGGUCAGCCGAAUGUGAGGCACUUUACGGCAGCAAAGUCCACCACAAAACACACCAUGAAGCUCCUGGUGGUCCUCUCCGCUGUAGCCGCGUGCGCGCUGGCGAAGCCCGGUUUCGUGUCGCCGGUGGCGUACAACACGCUGGGCUACGGCCCGGUGGCCGGAGUGCUGGGCUACGGCGCGCUGCCGUACGCUGCCGCCUACCACGGCGUCGUAGCCGCCGCCCCCGUCGCCGCCCCCGCCGUCAGCGUCGUAGCACCCGUGGGCCUUCGCACGCAGUACCACGCGCAGGACGAGCUGGGACAGGCCAGCUACGGCCACACGGAGCCCCUGCAGGCGCACGCCGCCGUGCAGGACGCGGCCGGCAACAAGAUCGGUAGCUACAGCUACGUGGCGCCCACUGGCGAGGUGGUGCGCGCCGACUACGUGGCCGACGCGCUCGGCUACCGCGUGGCCAGCAACGCGCUGCCCGUGGCGCCCGCGCCCGUCCACACCGCUGUCGCCGACACCGCCGAGGUGGUGGCCGCGCGCGCCGCCCACCUGGCCGAGGUCGAGGCCGUCAAGUCGCGCUCCAAGCGCGGCAUCGCCCCAGUCGUCGCCCACGCCGUGGCCCCCGCCGUCGCCUACAGCGCGCCCGCCGUCGUCGCCGCCCCGGCAGUGACCUACGCCGCCCACGUCGCCGCCCCCGCGGUCGCCUACGCCGCCCCCGUCGCCGCCCCCGGCGUCGUCGCCGCCGCCCCUGCCGUCGUCGCCGCCGCCCCCGCCGUGAGGACGGCGACCCUCACCACGGUGGUGAACAACCCCGGACACGCCGUCUCCUACAGGGUCGACUGAACAAUCCGCUCCCCUACCCCGCCCGUCACUGACUUCUCGAUACCGGCUCUGCGUUGACUUACCUUCGACUUCAUUUGUGUGUAUGUGUGUGUUUUGGGUUUAAUAAAUAAUUAUACACUACA